ACUGAAGCUUGGUCAGUGCCCCGCGCGCCGCGUGCCUGUCGCCAGUCGCUCACUUCUAUACAACAUUGUACCAAAACCAUUGUCCACACUCUAUUAUUAAUCACUAACAACACAAUUCACUUUAAAUAUAUCUCGGUAAUGAUCGGACGCUGUCUCUCCUAAUCAAUUUGCUUAUACUGUGCGUAAUAUUGAACUUUGUCGGUUAGUAAUGUGGAAAGGAUUAGGUUAGGGUUUUUUUACGGCGCUGAAAUAAAUCAAAGGUACCAUGUGGCGCAUCGGCUUACUGUCUUUGGCGAUGGUGCUCGCCGGCGUGGUUUCUGAGCGGCCCGAACCAGAACGCCCGCUAGAUGUCGUUAUUGACACUGAAUUGUCAGACACAGAUUAUACUGUGUACGUGGGCCAGUGGACUGACUGCACAACUCAGGAACCAGGCGAACACGCUGCUAAGUCUAUUGAAAUGUACAACAUACAAAAAGAGCCUGACUCGUUGGUUUAUACACCACGGCUCGGCCUGCAGCGCCGACAGGUCCAGUGUCGAAAGAAAGACGGACGAUUCGUCGAAUCCAUGUACUGCGGCUCAGCCCUAGCUCGUAUAGGCACAACCAGGGUCUGUGUGAUGAAAGAAGACUGUUCUUUAGCUGAAUGGUUGCCAUGGCGACCACGUUCAGAUGGUGCUCUUGUACGCAUACGUAGAUUAAAACAAUUACCACAAGGUACUGGAAGGGAAUGUGAUGUAGUGGAGGAAGUGAGACCUGCCGUUUUGGAGCCGAGCGCGCACUGGGUUCCGGGGGAGUGGAGCCGAUGCAUGAUUACCACCGAACAGCCUACGUUCUUCCACAUACCACCGACUACCGACGACACUGAUGACAUCGAUGACAGCGAUGAUUACGAUGGGUACGAUUAUAAAGAGCCGGAGAAUGAGGCGACCUGCGGUGGAGGUAUACAGAGGCGAAAUGUGUUAUGCGCCCGCGCAGAUGGGCGGAUUUUACCCGAAGUCCAAUGCGAGCAUACACCGUCGCCAACUCUUAUGCAACCUUGUGAGGUACCGUGUCCCCGGGACUGCGUAGUAGGCGAAUGGGGUGAAUGGGGAGCGUGCCAGCCCACGGACGGGUGUCCUUUGUUCCCCGUACAACAGCUUACUACCACUGGCUACAGCGUGCGUCGUCGACGAGUCAAGUCCGCAGCAUCAGGCGGCGGUGCACCCUGCCCUCCCCUAGAAGAGAAACGACAUUGCUCCACGCCACGGUGCGCCGCGUGGAAGGCACUGCCGUGGGGCCCGUGUAUACUGUACGAUUCGCACGACACAUGCGGACGCGGCAAACGGACCAGAGAGUUAAAAUGUAUCGGACAUGAUGGGAAAGAAGCACAGCGCGGCUGGUGCAGCGCUGCAGGCGCGCCGGCAGCCAGCGAGCGCUGCCGCAUCGCAUGCGCCGGCGACUGCGUGGUGUCGGCCUGGGGACCCUGGUCCCCGUGCUCGGCGCGCUGCGCGGCCCCCUCGCACCCCAGGCCCACUAGAACCCGCCGACGGCACAUCCUAGCUCACCCGUCCCGUGGUGGCUAUUCGUGUCCACCCGAACACGAGUUGGUACAAAACGAGACGUGUAAUAACCACGGCUGCGCCACAUACUCCUGGCUGGCAACACCGUGGGGCCCGUGCGAGCAUCGGCACCAAGAUUACAUGGCCACUGCUAACUACACGGACCUUUCAGAUGGAGAACCUUUCAACGAAAGCGAUGAGGAAGAGCCUUGCGUUGAAGAAGGAGUAAUGGUGAGACAAGUGAUGUGCAUCCAAAACAACGCAGACGUCGUCCGCGGUGGGCUAUGUGCACCUCUACAUAAGCCGGCAGCGCGCCGAGCUUGCACGGUCAGGUGCCGCCGGCAUGCGUGCAAAAUCGACGAGUGGAUGCCCUGGUCACCUUGCCCUAAUACAUGUGAACCCGGUCAGCAGACCCGGGUGCGGGUUGUCCACGGAGGCCCGAACUGCGGCCCGCGGCAGGAGACGCGAGAGUGCCCGGUGGCGCCGUCAUGUCAGCCACUCGCCGCGCGCUGGGUGACUGGAGAGUGGACCACGUGCCGCAUGCCACCAGCACAGCGCUGCGGCGUCGGAUACAGAGUCAGAAGCAUCUGGUGCGGUUCUGACUCGAACCGCGUGGAAGCGGGCUUCUGUGCGGGCCAGCUGGUGCCACAGAGCAUCGCGCCAUGUCAAGUGACAUGCGACUUCACGGCGCCUCUCACCUGUGACACUAUCUGUGCCAAUCCAUUGAAAUAUUUAGACGCAACAGAACCGGACGUACCCACUUGUGUUUGCAAGAAUGUGUCUCUGGAACUCUUGCCAGCUGACUCGGACUGUAUUUUACCAUACAGUAACGAUUGCGGAGAAGGCAAAACACUAAGAGCCGCCCGCUGCAUGAUCGGCGGUCACGACGUACCCAUGGACGUUUGCAAGAAAUAUCAUCCACUUACUGGUCCAAAUCGUGUCCGCGAAGCAUCUACUGACGGGUACAGUUAUGACGAGGACUUCCCAUCGCUGCUACGAGGCGCCUGCACUGUCACCUGCAGACGUGACUGUGUGCUCGGAACGUGGGGCGAGUGGGGGCCGUGCGCUAUCGAACCCGACUCUAAAGCUGCUUUCAGAUUCCGCACCAGAGAGGUGAUACAGGAGGCGUCGGGCGGCGGGCGCGAGUGCGGCGCGACGCUGCAGCGCGCGGCGUGUGUGCUGGCGGCGCCGCGCUGGGCGCUCGGCGACUGGGCCGCCUGCACGCCGCGCGCCGCGCUCUGCGGCCGCGCCGUCAUCAACAGGACCGUCGCUUGUAUAGAUUCAGAAGGUAGAAAGCUCGACGAUGUGAACUGCGAAGCAAGUGGAGCGGGGCCCACACCAGCGCGGGAAGCAACGUGCCGAGCGCCGUGUCCGAGAGACUGCGUGCUGAGCGCUUGGUCUGAUUGGAGUCCUUGCGAACAGACGAAGUCGGGCGGGAGACGCGACCGCACGCGAGCGGUGCUGCGGCCGGCGGCGGCGGGCGGCGCGCCGUGCGGCCACCUAGUGGCGGCCGAGCCGUGCGCGCCGCACGCCUACUCGUGGCAUGUCGCGCCCUGGGACGACUGCCAGCCGCUAGGAGGAUCCCCUUGUGGUGAAGGUAUCAAAAGAAGGUCCGUCCGGUGCCUUAGAAGUGAUGGAGUCUUUGUCAAUGACUCAUUUUGCCCUAACACGACAGCGACGGAGGCAAGUGAAUCGUGGUGCUACGUGCCAUGCGGCGUGGACUGCGAGCUCACACAAUGGGGCGCUUGGGACACCUCCGCGUGCUCCUGUGGCGAUUCAUCUUCCACCAAGUAUAUGCGACGUACCAGAGACCAUUUAACCACAGUGGUAUGGCCGGGUCGAGCAUGUGGUCCUACAGAGCACCGCGCACCAUGUCCCCGAACGCCCUGUCUAAGACUAGUGGCUAGACCUUCACUUGGAUGUCAUGUUAAGACCUCAUCAGGAGAAGAAGCCGAUGCUUGCGGCUGGGGAGUUAAAAUAUCGCAUGUGCAUUGCGAACUCACCAGUGUUGGAGAUGAACCAACAAUAGAAGCUUAUCUGGAGCCCUGGCGGUGCUCACCAGCGCUACCUGGGAGGAUUAUUGUUCCACAAAUAACGUAUCAGGAGGAAGACGUUUGCGAGGCAGACUGUGGAUGCAGAGAAUCAGAAAUUGGACAGCCAGGUCCUUGGGGUGCGUGGGGUUCGUGUCGCGGAGGAGCUCGGUCUCGGACCCGGCAACUGAUUCUGCCUGCACGACGAGCCUGCAGGACACCUUCUAGAUUCGUGACGAUUGAAUGGGCGAACUGCACGAGCGACGCGGACGAGAUCCCGGACCUGCUGGCAGUGGAGCCUCGCGGGGACAAGCCGCGCCGCGCCUGGCUCGAGCGAGACGUUUACCACGACGGAUAUAUUGAGGGCAGCACUUCAGUUUUGGCGGUAGUAUGGACAGCGACAAUCGUACUCAGCUUCUACGGAGCUUUUAUGCUCUACCGUGGAUUUAUAAGGUGUCUCAGAAGUAGGAAAAUGAGGUCCAUCGCCAAAGUAUAAAUCAACAAGGAGACGUCUUCUGUGAGAAACUCAUUCACCUGAACGGGCUGCCGUACUCAGGUUCUGUUAUUCUGAUUGAACAAUACUGUUCCGUAUUUUGUUGUCUAUUUCAAAUACUCUUUAAUUGUAUUAUUCUUUGAAAAAAGAAUUGUAUGUGUUGUUUAAUUAUUGCUAUUAUCAAAAUCUAAAUGUUAUCAAUGCUAAUUUGUUUUUAAGCCACCUUUACAUGUGUGAUUUUUACUCAUGAUUACCUCAUUUACAAUACAAUUUAUUGUAACCUAAUUCACUUAAAUACUUUUGUAAUGUCAGUAAAAAUUACAAUAUUAAAGGUGGUUUGGGACUAGUGAUAAAUGAUCUCACUCAAUCCUGUACCUUAUUGUACCAAUAUACAGUAUACUUGUAAACUUAUAUUCAAUACAGCUUACCUAGACAAAGUGCAUUUCUAUUAGCGAUAUUGCUGGUAGAUAAGUCCAAAUAAGUACCUGUAGAAGUAUUAAAAAUAAAAAGUCGUAAAAGUGAGAAAUGAUUCACUCAGCCUUUUUUGGCGCUUUGGCCGAUAUCUGAUUAAUAUUGUGGAUAUUUUUUUAUUUAUUUGAAUAACUUUGUUGACGAAUGAAAAAUAUGGGAUACCACGUAAUACACAUUGUAGACACCAUGUGUGAAUUUAGUUUAUAAUUUACUAUUUAAUAUGUGUUAGUUUAUAAGCUCUAUAAAUGUUGAUCAGUAUUGUUAACAAUUUGUUUACUUAUCUAAAAUUUCUUUGCCUUUCGUGGAUAAGAAUGUUGUUAUUCUCAAUCUUCGAUAGUUAAAUACACAAUUUCCAUUUUUAUGCUGGCAAUACCAUUAAUAUAUUAAUAUACUAGCGAUUUCAGUUAUAGAAAUGUACCGACUCUAUCUAGGAGGCAAUGUCGUAUCGUCAACGUGCUGAAAUAUUCUUAAUCAGUGUCUAUUAACAUUUAGUUAGUGAUGUAAUAUCAAAUUUAUAGCCAGCAAACAGUCUGUCCGCAGGAGUGCUUCCAUGUUUUUACGACGUAAUUACGCUAAAUUAGACGGUUUUUAUAACUUUUCCUUGCUAACGAUCGGCCGCGUCGCUACGGCUUCGGAUUGACAAUAUUAAUACACGAAUAGUAUUAGCUACUUCGUUAACUUAGAACUGGAGGUCUGUUUGAAUAAUGUUAGGGUGUAGAGCCCCUAGUUGUUUCCGUUAUGACAAGUCGUUGACUGUGACCAGGCAAUGUGGGAUAGCACAGAGCCGUCCAUUUUAUAUGUCGUCUUCUGGAAUUGACGAUGACUAAGAGACUUCCAGGGCCUGAUGUAGAGGGCAAAUGCCCUGAGUGGUAAACUAAGUCACUGCGAAUUAACAUAGUCAUUAAUAUAAAGGGCGGCAUGAAGUAAUUUUUGGCCUGAACGGCAAAAGAAGUGAAUCAGGCCCUGGUAUUUUCGACAGUUAAAUUAAUAAAUUCAGUAUCUACAUGUCUGUUUAAUAUGAUUUUUUAAUGCUUUACCUAAAAGACAUGCAAAAAGACUAUUUUCAUAAUUUUAUGUAACCUCCAUACCUACUCAAAAUAUGAAGACUAUUUUCAGAAAAGCUUUACUUAUUUUCGUUAAGUUUUCGCACAAACAGUAUUAUUAAUCCGCUAUUUUGUAUUAAUUAAUAAUUACGCAAUUUUUGUGUAGGUAAUGACAGUUGUAGAGCUAAGUCGAUGAUUUGGUAGGAGGGGUGCAAUGGACUGCCCAACUUUGAGAUUUGUAUGGAGCUUUAUGCUCUAGCGACCAAGUAAGACGUGACACAUCAUACCACACAUAUCAGUGUUUAAAUUAAAAUUUCGACGUAAUUAGACUAGAUCGACUUCUGCAAUAGUUUUCUUAAUUUAGUCAGAUUACAUGGUAGAUAUUUGCAUUGGCGUAUUCAUGAUUAAUUUUAAUGGGGAGGCGAGGUUGGUCCUUUAAAAAAGUCGCAUUAUGUCCUUCAGACAUGUCUUUGGACAUAAAGUGUCCAAAGUCAUGUUGAGGGGCAAUGCCCACUCGAGCCCCCACGCCCUUCCCCUAAAUACACCUCUGUGUAUUUGAUAGUACGUCUGACUAUUGCAGAAGCUAGUCUAGUACAGUGCUUAUAUCAUCCGAGUAGAGCUUUGGCGCACAAGAAAUCUACCUACUUUAUGAAUAGUGUAUAAGUGAUAAUUAUAACUGAUCAUACCGUUUUGAGAUAAUAAUCGUGUAUAACACUUUUUGUAGGUUUUGCAUUUAAGCCCAUGUAUUGUGACAAGUAUCUAUUUAUAAUGUGAGUGUGUUCUACUUUUCAUCAACUUCUUUCGUAUUCAUACUCUCAUGUUCCGUUCUCUCAUACUUCAAUAAUUCUCUUUGAUUCUAUCAUGAUCUUAAAUCAUCAUCAUCGGUUAUGUUUUUCUCAUUGUUUAUUAUUUUACAUCUUUAUAUAGUUUUAAUAUUAUCAUUACGUAUUUAAACUGCUGAAUUUCUGCCAAUAAUGAUAUGCUUUUUUUAUUUAUUUGUUAAACAGAUUACAAACAGACACUUUAGACUUUUUGCAUCAGCAAUUGCCGUUUUUGCUGUAUUGAUUCGGUUGUUAUAUCGAAGCUUCAAUGCUUCUUUGCAUGUAAAAGAUAUUACAGCGUCAAACAUAAAAACAAAAUCACCAAUCGUUAAUGCUAAAAGUAUAAUGUCUACUCCUUUAAAUAUAAAGGAGUUUUUACGUUGAGAUGAAGGAUUUCAUUGCAGAUUACUCGAAUAAAUAUUAUAGCAACACACAUACUAGUAGUGGAGAAAUUUAACCAACACAUGUUAACUAAUUGGUACACAAUAACAAUUUAAAAUAUUGUAAUGGACGACCGCAUUAUAUAUAGUAUGGAAAUGGAAAUAAAAAUUAUGAACUCUUUUUAUUUGCAAAUAAUUUAGAUUUUUUUUAUACUCUGGAUAAUUUUAAUAAUUAUAUGUUUAUUUGUAUUUUUCUCGAACUACUGUAAUUCUUGUUCCAUCCUAUUGUUGAGUCCUCACUAUGUUCUUGUAAUACAUAUUCUGUGUACUUAUCUAUUACUUUAGUCUAUACGACGAUGUAUUUGUAACCGUAUUAUGUCAUUACGAGAUAUUGAUGUGAAACAUGAUAGUUAAGGAAUCGUGUUAGACAAUACAAUAUUUGAUAUUUAAUAAAUUUGAUUGUGUUUUUAUAAAUAAAUUGUUUUAUUUCACCC